CUUAACAAACCUUAAUAACUGUUCUGAUUGUACAAAGUGAAUUCGUGGUUUGACACCGCCCCUCCCCCCGCUGUGACAUGAAAUGAAAGUAAUUUCUAGAAGCGAAAGAUAUCCCCGAAGACAUCAGCAGUUACAAUGAUGAGAAGCGAGAUCGUAAUCAUUCUGUUCGCUUUUCUCGUUGAAGGUAUGUUUGGUGUUACACAUGCAGUGAAGUCCGUAUCAGAAAUGGAGGGAGAUUCAGUCACUCUAAACACUGGUAUAAUCAAAAAAGAGCAUGACAAGUUGCUGUGGUAUUUUGAAGACACUCGCAUCGCUCUGAUCAAUGGAGAUCCCAACACGAGCUGUUUAUAUGAUGGAGAAGACGGGAGAUUCAGAGACAGACUGAAGGUGGACUAUGAGACUGGAUCUCUGAUCAUCACAAACAUCACAACUCAACACGCUGGACGUUAUGAAGCAGAGAUCAUCAGAAGUGAGAGUUCGGCAAAAGACAAAACUUGAACAGAAGCCCCAAGUGUAACAGCACAAAAAUCACCAAAAAAGCCUCAACUAAAAUCUUUCAGUCUGACUGUCAGUGCUGUUUCAGGUUCAGGUCUGUCUCCAGCUGCUGUAGCAGGAAUUGUUGUUGGUGUUCUGCUGCUGGUGGCUGCAGCUGUUGUUGUUGUUGUUGGUGUGAUGAUCUUUCGCCGCAGGAGAUUCAGAGAUGGAUGCUGUCACUUGUUCUUUAUUGGAGGAGUUCACCUGCAUCCUUUUCUACUAAGUUGGCAGUUUAUCUAAUGCCAAAUACACUUAUCCGACGAUCAAUCAUUUCUCAUAUUUACUUUCUCUCGCCGUCACAGCACACAGACAAGAUGUACAAGGAGUUCACCUGCAUCCUUUUUGAUUGGGUCAGUGUACAGUUUAUUCAACACCACUUUUUUGAAGUACAGUAUUUAAUGUGUCAACUCUCACUGAUGCUGUCACAGUGUCUGGGUUGUUGUUCCCCGGGGUUCCACUAGAUGUCCUCCUUCUCACGGUGUCUGUCCCAGAUCACUUCCUGUUCCCUUUUAUGGUCACCUUCCUCCUUGUUACGUGAUUGAUUGUUCACCCCACCUGUCUCCUGUUUCCCUAUUAUCCUUCUGUGUAUAAAUACCCAGUCUGUCUUAGUCUAUGUUACGGAGUCCUUGUCUGAUGUCAUUGUGUUUCAGGUCCAUCAGUCUUGCUUUGUCUUACCCUAUGUGUCUCAUUCUCUCGUUCCACCAGACUUCCUCUACCUUUCCGUUCUUCCGAGUUCCCCGUUUCAUCCGGUUCCCUUUUUGUUUGAUUUGUCUCUCAUGACUGUUUAUUUUGUAUUUACCCCUCUGUUUAAAUAAAACCCUUACCUGCAUUUGGAUCUACCCUCUCUUUGUGUUUUUCCCCAAUACCUAUCGUGACAGAAGGACUCCGUCAUGCCUAGAUCCAGCGGUGUGGGAUUUCGAAUCGGUUCCCCAGCCACCAUGGAGGAACGGAGGGGGAGAUACCAGAACUUAAUCACCCUUCAUCAAGAGGGAAGUGAGGUGGGUGGCCUGGCGCAAUUGUUUUGGACUAUGGCAGUCGGGCUAGGUUACAAUGAUGCAGCACUAAAGGAUUUAUUUAAUAAUUGCCUGGAUGAUCCUUUACCUUCAUGGGAGAUGAAGGGGUUAGAGAUACUGGACUUUUGGGGGUUUACCAAUUACCUGCACCAUCGUGCCCAGUGGAAUGCAACAACCACACCAGAGUGUCCAGACAAGGCUGCCAGCUCAGCCCCACAGCACAAGAUGGGCGCCAGCCCAACUCCACAGCACAGGAUGGCCGCCAACCCAGCCCCACAACCCAAGAUGGCCACCAGCCCAGCCCCACAGCCCAAGAUGGCCGCCAACCUAGCGUCACAGCCCAAGAUGGCCGCCAGCCCAGCACCACAGCACAAGAUGGUCGACUCAACGCCACCGACUCCCCAUCGUAGAGGGCGGAGGAGGAGAAAGGCAGCUGCUGUUCCCGAGGCGGAGCCCGAUGCAGUUCCCGAGGCGGUGCCCGAUGCAGUUUCCGAGGCGGUGCCCGAUGCAGUUCCCGAGGCGGAGCCCGAUGCUGUUCCCGAGGCGGAGCCCGAUGCUGUUCCCGAGGCGGAGCCCGAUGCAGUUCCCGAGGCGGUGCCCGAUGCUGUUCCCGAGGCCGAGGUCGUUCCCGAGGCGGUGCCCGAUGCAGUUCCCGAGGCGGAGCCCGAUGCAGUUCCCGAGGCGGAGCCCGAUGCAGUUCCCGAGGCGGUGCCCGAUGCUGUUUCCGAGGCGGUGCCCGAUGCAGUUCCCGAGGCGGAGCCCGAUGCAGUUCCCGAGGCGGUGCCCGAUGCAGUUCCCGAGGCGAAGCCCGAUGCAGUUCCCGAUGCAGUUCCCGAGGCGGUGCCCGAUGCUGUUUCCGAGGCGGUGCCCUAUGCAGUUCCCGAGGCGGAGCCCGAUGCAGUUCCCGAGGCGGUGCUCGAUGCAGUUCCCGAGGCGGUGCCCGAUGCAGUUCCCGAGGCGGAGUCCGAUGCAGUUCCCGAGGCGGUGCUCGAUGCAGUUCCCGAGGCGGUGCUCGAUGCAGUUCCCGAGGCGGUGCCCGAUGCAGUUCCCGAGGCGGUGCUCGAUGCAGUUCCCGAGGCGGUGCCCGAUGCAGUUCCCGAGGCGGUGCCCGAUGCAGUUCCCGAGGCGGUGCCCGAUGCUGUUCCCGAGGCGAAGCCUGAUGCGGUUCCCGAGGCGGAGCCCGAUGCGGUUCCCGAGGCGGUGCUCGAUGCAGUUCCCGGGGCGGUGCUCGAUGCAGUUCCCGAGGCGGUGCCCGAUGCAGUUCCCGAGGCGAAGCCCGAUGCAGUUCCCGAUGCAGUUCCCGAGGCGGUGCCCGAUGCUGUUUCCGAGGCGGAGCCCGAUGCAGUUCCCGAGGCGGUGCCCGAUGCAGUUUCCGAGGCGGUGCUCGAUGCAGUUCCCGAGGCGGUGCCCGAUGCAGUUCCCGGGGCGGUGCUCGAUGCAGUUCCCGAGGCGGUGCCCGAUGCAGUUCCCGAGGCGAAGCCCGAUGCAGUUCCCGAUGCAGUUCCCGAGGCGGUGCCCGAUGCUGUUUCCGAGGCGGAGCCCGAUGCAGUUCCCGAGGCGGUGCCCGAUGCAGUUUCCGAGGCGGUGCUCGAUGCAGUUCCCGAGGCGGUGCCCGAUGCAGUUUCAGAGGCGGUGCCCGAUGCAGUUCCCGAGGCGGUGCCCGAUGCUGUUCCCGAGGCGAAGCCUGAUGCAGUUCCCGAUGCAGUUCCCGAGGCGGUGCCCGAUGCUGUUUCCGAGGCGGUGCCCUAUGCAGUUCCCGAGGCGGAGCCCGAUGCAGUUCCCGAGGCGGUGCCCGAGGCGGAGCCCGAUGCUGUUCCCGAGGCGGAGCCCGAUGCUGUUCCCGAGGCGGAGCCCGAUGCAGUUCCCGAGGCGGUGCUCGAUGCGGUUCCCGAGGCGGUGCCCGAUGCUGUUUCCGAGGCGGUGCCCGAUGCAGUUCCCGAGGCGGAGCCCGAUGCAGUUCCCGAGGCGGAGCCCGAUGCAGUUCCCGAGGCGGUGCCCGAUGCUGUUCCCGAGGCGGAGCCCGAUGCAGUUCCCGAGGCGGUGCUCGAUGCAGUUCCCGAGGCGGUGCUCGAUGCAGUUCCCGAGGCGGUGCCCGAUGCAGUUCCCGAGGCGGAGUCCGAUGCAGUUCCCGAGGCGGUGCUCGAUGCUGUUCCCGAGGCGGAGCCCGAUGCUGUUCCCGAGGCGGAGCCCGAUGCAGUUCCCGAGGCGGUGCCCGAUGCGGUUCCCGAGGCGGUGCCCGAUGCUGUUUCCGAGGCGGUGCCCGAUGCAGUUCCCGAGGCGGAGCCCGAUGCAGUUCCCGAGGCGGAGCCCGAUGCAGUUCCCGAGGCGGUGCCCGAUGCUGUUUCCGAGGCGGUGCCCGAUGCAGUUCCCGAGGCGGAGCCCGAUGCAGUUCCCGAGGCGGAGCCCGAUGCAGUUCCCGAGGCGGUGCCCGAUGCUGUUUCCGAGGCGGUGCCCGAUGCAGUUCCCGAGGCGGAGCCUGAUGCAGUUCCCGAUGCAGUUCCCGAGGCGGAGCCCGAUGCAGUUCCCGAGGCGGUGCCCGAUGCUGUUUCCGAGGCGGUGCCCGAUGCAGUUCCCGAGGCGGAGCCCGAUGCUGUUUCCGAGGCGGAGCCCGAUGCAGUUCCCGAGGCGGAGCCCGAUGCAGUUCCCGAGGCGGAGCCCGAUGCAGUUCCCGAGGCGGAGCCCGAUGCAGUUCCCGAGGCGGUGCCCGAUGCAGUUCCCGAGGCGGUGCCCGAUGCUGUUUCCGAGGCGGUGCCCGAUGCAGUUCCCGAGGCGGUGCCCGAUGCAGUUCCCGAGGCGGUGCCCGAUGCAGUUCCCGAUGCAGUUCCCGAGGCGGUGCCCGAUGCUGUUCCCGAGGCGGAGCCCGAUGCUGUUCCCGAGGCGGAGCCCGAUGCAGUUCCCGAGGCGGUGCCCGAUGCUGUUCCCGAGGCCGAGGUCGUUCCCGAGGCGGUGCCCGAUGCAGUUCCCGAGGCGGAGCCCGAUGCAGUUCCCGAGGCGGAGCCCGAUGCUGUUCCCGAGGCGGUGCCCGAUGCUGUUCCCGAGGCGGUGCCCGAUGCUGUUCCCGAGGCGGUGCCCGAGGUUGUUCCCGAGGCGGUGCCCGAUGUUGUUCCCGAGGCGGUGUCCGUUACAGUUCCCGAGGCGGUGACCACAAGGCCGUGGUGGUCUUCGGCUCCGCCCUGGGAGACUCUGGCGGUGACCACGAGGACGUGGUGGUCAUCCGCUCCGCCCUGGGGGACUCUGGCGGUGACCACGAGGACGUGGUGGUCGUCCGCUCCACCCUGGGGGACUCUGGUGAUGACCAUGAGGACGUGGUGGUCUUCUGCUCCGACCUACUGGACUCCGGCCUCGACCACAGAGACGUGGUGGUCUUCCGCUCCGCCCUGGAGGGCUCUGGCCUUGACCACACGGCUGUGGUGGUCAUCUGCUCCGUCCUAGUGGACGCCUCAACAUGUCCUUCAUGGACUUAUGUUUUGUGUUUUUUUGAGUUCUGUUUCUGUCUGUUCCUUUUAGUUUAGUCUGGCCCUCCGUCCCUCCCCCUGUACCUCCUCCGGUCCUCCUCCCUCCUGGUCUCCCGGUUUUAUGUAUCAUUUCUGGUGUUUGUUCCCCUUGUGUUCCUUUUCUGGCCCUCCGUCCCUCCCCCUGAGCCUCCACCUGUCCGCCUCCCUCCUGGUCUCUGUGUCAUGUUUUGUCUUUAAGCGUCUGGUAGCCGCUCCGUAGAGGGGGGGUACUGUCACAGUGUCUGGGUUGUUGUUCCCCGGGGUUCCACUAGAUGUCCUCCUUCUCACGGUGUCUGUCCCAGAUCACUUCCUGUUCCCUUUUAUGGUCACCUUCCUCCUUGUUACGUGAUUGAUUGUUCACCCCACCUGUCUCCUGUUUCCCUAUUAUCCUUCUGUGUAUAAAUACCCAGUCUGUCUUAGUCUAUGUUACGGAGUCCUUGUCUGAUGUCAUUGUGUUUCAGGUCCAUCAGUCUUGCUUUGUCUUACCCUAUGUGUCUCAUUCUCUCGUUCCACCAGACUUCCUCUACCUUUCCGUUCUUCCGAGUUCCCCGUUUCAUCCGGUUCCCUUUUUGUUUGAUUUGUCUCUCAUGACUGUUUAUUUUGUAUUUACCCCUCUGUUUAAAUAAAACCCUUACCUGCAUUUGGA